AUGAAUGGCUUUGAAAAGAAGAGCCUGGACGAAGAUGCCUUCGGCGACAAUAAAGCUCUAGCGGGCCUGAAGACCUUCGAUGCUUUCCCGAAAACAAAAGCCUCCUACACAACUCCAACCCGCAGCGGAGGUCAAUGGACCGUCCUCAUCCUCCUAAUCUGCACCGUCUUCAGCUGGUCCGAACUAAAAACAUGGUGGCGCGGCACAGAGAACUACCACUUCAGCGUUGAAAAGGGUGUCUCGCACGAGCUACAGCUAAACCUCGACAUAGUAGUCGACAUGCCCUGCGAAGCCCUCCGCAUCAACAUCCAAGAUGCAGCCGGCGACCGCAUCCUCGCCGGCGAGCUGCUAACCCGCGAAGACACAAGCUGGAUGCUCUGGAUGCAGAAGCGCAACUACGACACCUACGCCGGCCACGAAUACCAGACCCUGUCCCACGAAGAAGCAGACCGACUCUCGGAGCAGGAGGCCGACUCGCACGUCAGCCAUGUCCUGGGGGAAGUGCGCCAUAAUCCGCGCCGCAAGUUCCCCAAGGGCCCGCGCAUGCGCCGCGGCGAUGUCCCAGACGCAUGUCGCAUUUACGGCAGUCUCGAGGGUAACAAGGUCCAGGGUGAUUUCCACAUCACCGCGCGUGGCCAUGGGUACCGUGAGAACUCGCCGCAUCUCGAUCACGGCUCCUUCAACUUCUCGCACAUGAUCACAGAACUUUCAUUCGGCCCUCACUACCCCAAUCUCUUGAACCCGCUCGAUAAGACCAUCGCCGAGAGUGACGCCCACUACUACAAGUUCCAGUACUUCCUCUCCGUCGUGCCGACCCUGUACAGUCGCGGCAAGGGUGCGCUGGAAGCGUACACGCGCUCGCCUGAGAAGGCCGCACGGUACGGGCGCAACACUGUGUUCACGAACCAGUAUGCGGCGACAAGCCAGUCCGGGCCGAUUCCCGAGUCGCCGAUGCUUGUGCCGGGGAUCUUCUUCAAGUAUAACAUUGAGCCGAUCCUGUUGCUGGUCAGCGAGGAGAGAGCGGGCUUUUUGUCGCUGUUGAUUCGUGUGAUCAAUACCGUUUCCGGUGUGCUUGUCACUGGUGGUUGGCUUUAUCAGAUUACGUCUUGGGCUGGGGACGUCUGGGGCCGGAGGAAGAACCGUUCGUCUGAAGGAUAUUUGACCGGAAAGGCUUCUUCGGAUUAA